AUGGCUCGAAACAGCGAAAAGGCGCAGUCCAUGCUGUUCCGCUUUCGGGCGCAACAGGCAGCGGACAUGGGCAUCAUCGACGUUGGACGAACACGCCGACCAAAAGCCAUUACCAGCAUCGACUCCAUCCCGACCUGUGAGCGCUGGCGCGGCCAGGUUCUGAAAGAAGUUUCCCGAAAAGUUACCCGCAUUCAAGAAUCAAGUCUCAGCGACUACCAGAUUCGCGAUCUGAACGAUGAGAUCAACAAGCUCAUGCGAGAGAAAUGGGCGUGGGAGAUGCAAAUCAAAAACCUGGGCGGACCGAAUUACAUGCGUGGAACUGGUCGAGUGUACGAUGACGAAGGACGGGAGAUUCCUGGCGGUGGGAAGGGAUACCGAUAUUUUGGCCGAGCCAAGGAGUUGCCUGGUGUUAAAGAAAUGUUCGAAGCUGCUACGCGACAAUCGAAGGGGCCUGCUGAGGAGGAAGUUGCUGGUCGUGGUGGAGAUAUCGCAACAAAGAAAGUCGACGCCAACUACUUCGGUUACGGAUUGGACGAGGAAGAUGGUACAUUGCUUGCAUAUGAGAAGCAGAAGGAGAAGGAGGCUGUUGAGCACCUGCGCGGCCAGGCUGAGGAUGAUGCUGAAGAUGGAUGGCAGUCGCUACCGGGCGAUGCAGGUGAUGGAGUUGAAUGGCGACUACCCUCAUUGGAAGAGGUGCAAGAAGAAAUGGUUGACCGGCGACGAAGACGACUGCUUGAUAAGAUUUCUUGA